AAAUAGUAGAUAAAAAUUAAGAUCCUAGAUUAAUAAUUAGAUUCAUGAUUUUAUGAAUCAUUUAAAUUUGCGGGAUAUAUUAGUGUCUUUUGGUACCUUCAUAGGUAAGAUAAACGCGUAUUAGGGGUAUUAUCGUAAUACCUCUUUUCUUUCUAGCCUUUGCAAGUCUUACACGAAACCGAUAUAUAAACAAACCAAACAUCCAUUUCGUGGCCAGGACAGAACAUCACAUCCGUGUCUAAAAUAUACUCUCUGUCUCUGACUUAAAAUCACAUCAGAUUCCAAAAUUUCAAAUUCGAAGAAAAACGAUAUGGAGCAAAUUCAAGUCGGCGGAGGAAGUAGCCGAAACGGCGCGGCGCGGUUGGAUACAUUGCCUGAAGAUUGCAUCUCGAUGGUGGUUUCUCAUACAUCGCCGCGCGAUGCUUGCGUUGUGGCUUCGGUUUCGAAAACGGUUAAGUCAGCGGCUGAAUCUGAUUUGGUUUGGGACAAGUUUCUUCCGCCGGAGUACUCAUCUCUUGUUCCUCCUCGAUCGCUAGAUUUCUCGUCGAAGAAGGAGAUUUAUAUGUCUCUCGCUGAUGAUUCCGUUCUGAUCGACGACGGCAAAAAGAGCUUUUGGUUGGAGAAAGCUAGUGGGAAGAAGUGUUACAUGUUAUCUGCGAUGGAUUUAAAUAUCGCAUGGAUUGAUCGUCCUCUUUAUUGGAAAUGGAAGAAAGAUCCUGAAUCUAAGUUUGAGAAAGUAGCGAAGCUUCGUCACGUGUGUUGGUUUGAGAUUCGAGGAAAGAUAAGUUGCGGAAUGCUGUCCAAGGGGACACAUUACUCUGUCUACGCAGUGCUCAAGAUAGGAGGGAGUGGAUCACGCGGGUUAGAUGACACGCCCAUGGAAGCUUUAGUCGGGUUUGUGGGGGAGGAAGCUGCUAGCAAAACGUUUGUGUUACUCGAACCAAAGGGUACGUACCCGCGCGGUGGUUACUCAAGUGGUUCGUUUAGAGAGGUUAGCACGGGGUGUUCAUGGAUAGAGAUUCCGGUGGAAGAAGUUGAAGAAGAGAGGGAGACUGAUGGGAGUGUGGAGGAGCCAAAGGAGAGAGGAGAUGGGUGGAGUGAAGUGAAGCUUGGGAAUUUUUACAACGGUGAUGGAGGUUGUGAUGAUGAUGGUAACAAGAUUGAGUUUUCUAUUAUGGGGACUGAGCAGGGAGAUUGGAAGAGUGGUUUGAUUUUCCAGGGAGUCGAGAUUAGGCCCAAGAAAGAAGGAGACUGAAGAAAUGGUGAUAGCUAAGUGAUCAAACAUCUGAUUUUAAGUAAUCAACAGAGUUUAAAGCUUUUUGUAUUGGCUGCUUACUGCUAGUAGACUUUAUUUUAUACAAGUUUGGAGUUUUUGAUAUGCAAAGUAAGAAGUUAAAAAUUAUUUCUUGUGUACCAAUGUUUGAAUGACAACAACUUAAUGUCAAAAAAGAUAAUUAAUAUAUGUUCAAGCUCCUUCAAAAUUUCUCAAUAACGUCUUUUAAUAUAUUCGAAAUUGAUUAAAUCUAAGAAACACAUUUUUAACCUCAUACUUGGGGAGAUUCCAGGCUUGCGUGCCAAGUUGGAAGGAUUAUUGAUAGCCACUACCAGACUAUUGGUCAGUCAGCGGCUGGACAAAGGGUGAGGCUUUAGGCUAUGUAGUUAUUUUGAUUUGUGGACAAAACAAAUUUCGGGCUUCUUGUUAUGAUUAUAACCAGCGAAGUAUAAGUAUAAAUAUCUCAUUAUUCAUAAAUAUCUCAUUAUUUUAAUGGGCUCUAAUUUACAACUUCAAGGCCUUUAUAAAAUUAAUUAUUGGCUAAAUUGGUCCUUACAAAGAUAAUCUUUACUUGUUUUCGCGAUUUAAGAAUUGUGCUCUGGUUUAAGUUGGAUUGCGUUGUUUGGUUCUUUCAAAUCCGUAUAUUACAUGUUGUGAAAUAAAUUAUUUAAUUUGUAGUAUAUUAAAAGACAACAAUAGAAGUAAGAACCAAUGGAUAUUGGCUCAACCACCCCCUUUGAACAUUUAUACAUGUAUGAGAGAAAUAUACAACUAAUUUGAACAUUUAACUCCUUUCUUAAUUUGUGUUUAAAAAUUUAGAAGGACAACUAAUUGGAAUAGAGAAAGAGAGUAUCUAUUAGUUUAACUGAAUUUCUUUGCGAUUUCAAAACCUAAUAAUUUAAAAAUGAUAUCUGAGAGAAUUGACAUUUAUACAUGUAUGAGAGAGAGAUUUUUUUGUCCGCAUCAUAUAUAAAUAUAGUGAUAAGCAUGAAAAUUACCAAGAAAUUAUUUUCACUUUCUCAUACAGUAAACAUCACACCAACAAAUGUGAAACAUAGAUCUGUUUUAAAAUUAAAAAAAAAAAUUAACAUGCUGAGGUUACCGGUCAUUCUCAUUCUGACCGAAUAAACUAUAAACUGAUAUAUAUCAUACAUUUCUUUACAUACUAUUGUCUCAAAUUAAAAUAAUAAUUUAUCACAUAUGACAAGAAAUAGUCUUACCAUCAUAUGUAAAUAGCUUUUAAGAAGACAAAACUCAUUGUUUAGGCACGAUCCAAUGAUGUUGGAGCCCCUUUGCUUUAUUAUUUUUCUCUAAGUAAAUUCCAUCAACUCUAACAAUCCAUGAACGUUUUUCACCACAUCGAAAUGACCUAGCUCCUCUGUAUGCGCGCCAUAUAAUUAGAGAAUUUUCCACUUUUUCUCCAUACCGUAAGAGGCAACGCCAUACAAUUCUUUUUGGUGAUAUUUUCUCGUUUACUAGAAUUUGAUAUAUAUCAUUGACUUUUACCUCAUGGAGACGUUCAAUUAUGUUUGUGUUGGUUGAGCAAUUAACUUUGAGAAUGCUACCUGGAUUAAGUUUAUUUUGAAACUCUAAAGUGUUUGGUUUACACGAAAUACCUUCAUUCAAACCAAAACACAUAGCAAUAACUAGCACAAAUAUGAGGUAUUUCAUCUUUUUAUCUAAAAUAUUUGUUGAAAAGGAUCAUUUCAUAGACGUUAAAGUGGAAUAUAUUUAUAGAUUUUUGUAAACAUGCUUUAAUAUCUUAUUAACUAUUAAAUAGUAGUGGCUAAAAUUAAACACAUUUAUGAACCAAUCAAAUUAUGUGGUCGGAAAUACAUUUGAGAUCGAUAAAUAAGGUGAAUUAAAUAAUAUUAGACCAAUUAAAGUAAGCAUGCAAAUUAGUGCUGGCCAGAAAAACUAAAGAAAAUCAAACAAAAAAAUAAUACACUCACGGUAUUUAAUCUAAUUAUUUUCAAAGUAAAAUUUUCCAAUUUUCAAUAGAAGAAAAUAAAAAUUUGAUAUCUCUGUCUAGCACGACAAUAUUUUGAGCAUUUUUAAUUAUUUAAUUUAUAAUUAUGAACAUUUAUUGUUUAUAUUAAUAUUUUAUCUAAACUAGUACUAUCAAUAAAAAAGAAUGUAAUAAUUUCAGCAAGAUUUCAUGUAAUAUUUCAAAUUUGUAUUUUAUUAAAAGGUAUUUUAUAGACAAUAAAAUACAACAAAUGUAGCUAAAAUAAAUAAUGAAUUUCAUGUCUAAUGAUGAUAAAAAAUAUAUUUCCUUCUUCCCCAUAAAACAAUUAUACAAAAAAAUGUUUUCUUCACGCGUCAUCUUCGUUUUGUUCAUAGGGUUAGUGUUGGAACUGUUUUUUGGACAAAUGGCUAUGGUCAAUAUUCCGGUAAAUUUUUCGAGCAAUUUGAUUGUCGAAAUGACCGGAUUGUGGAAUCGUAGGAUUCAUUGUUAUGAGCACUAUGGUAUAGUGUAAUCAUAUAUCAAAAACGAAGUUCGUUUGAAUGAGAAAUGAAAGUCUAAAAUAGAUUAUUUGUAAAAUAUCUAUAUUAGAAUUGUGAGGUAAGAAACCUCUUGUGUUUAAAAUGGAGAAGUUAUAACAAAGUUAUAAAAAAACUUUAUAGACACUUUGGUGUAUUAUAAAAAGAGAUAUUUGGGCUGGAUCAAGUUUUGGAAUUAAUCAAAUAAGAUUAAUCUUGUUAGCCCAAAUUCAUUUGCCAAUCAUUUAGAAAACUACUUGAAAAGGGAAUAAGACAAAAGAAAAUCUAGACUUUAACUUACGAUCUUAGCUUAAUAAUGUUUUUCUUCUUUCCAAAUGAGUAUGUUCUUCACAAUAUUGAGUUAAUGAGUUCAGUAUGUCAAAACUAUUAGUAAUAACGAUGUUAUGCAUGUCGUUUGUUUGUUUGUUGGGUCUAGACAUUGUCCACGUAACAUAUUAGUUUUUCUUUCUUACCAAUUUAAUUUGGAAAGAAAUUAACAUAUAGAUGUUUAUAUAAAUGUAGUUUUUAUUCAGAUAAAAAUCGAUUCUUAUUUUCAACAUUUUUCUAAAGGAUUUUAUUCAGAUUUGUUAUUGGGUGAAUCCCUAUGGUGAAUCUCUAGGUUCACUAAUCAAUAGUAUUUUGUUAUUUUAUAUUCCAUAUCAUUUAAAAAGAAACAAAAUAAUAAAAAUUUGUAAUUGUUAAGAAAUAAUUAAAAUAUUUUUAACGCCGUCAGCAAAACACUAAUCUCUAAACCCUAGGAUAAACCCUAGGAUAAACCCUAAAUACUAUUUUUUUUUGUGUUUAGGGUUUACUCAAGUUAAGAUUUAUGAUUUAAGAUUUAUCUAAAGAUUUAUGCUUUACCCAAAGAUUUAUGCUUAUCCAAAAGCCUUAUUUAGAAACUCGUUACGCGCUACGCGUGCAACACACACAGACCUAGCGAUUUAUUGGAAAAGCGGGAAAAAUCGGAGAGUACGCAGGGAAGAAUUUUUUGUACUUUCAUAUAUAAAUAUCACAUUUUAUAAAUAUAAUACAGAAAAAUUUAUAUAGUAAAUAUUUAUUAAAGAUACAUCACAUAUAACAAAAUUCAGAGAAUGCUUACAAUAUCCCUUGUUCGGAAACUCGCUAGGCGCUUCGCGUACGGCAUAUACGGGCCUAGCGAUUUAUUGAAAAAUCAGAAAAAAAAUCUUUCUCUAUGCAAAUCACAGUAAACACAUAUAUAUAAAGUAAAUUUGCAUAGAUUACAAAGUGCAGUAGCUUUGUCUAGUUGUCUGAGUCCCCCUAAAACUCGUUCAUGUCAAAAAUUUGAUUGUGGGCAAGUGC